AUAUAUGUUAUAUUAAUUCAAUUAGUGGGCGGAUCUCUUCGCAGACUUCCCUGCUUCUGCUGUAGGUUUCGACUGUAGCGCAGGAGCAGCUGUGCGUGAGUUUCACAUCGAGCCGAACUGAGAUUAGUGCUGAAUGACUGACUGACUGACUGACAGCGAGACUGAAAAUCUGCUUCAGUCACAGCAGAAGAUGAGCGUCAGUUCAACACGGAGCAGCGGGGAAGAACUCGACGAGCUGGAGUCAGUUAGCUGGUAUCAUUAUGAUUUGUCCCGGCACGCAGCUGAAGCUCUUCUCCUUUCGAAUGGGGUGGAUGGGAAUUUUUUACUCCGAAACAGCAACAAGGGUUCUGACUGCUUUGCUUUGUCUGUCCGAGCAAAGGAUUCGGUGAAACACUUUCAUGUCCGGCGGCAGUUUGGCAGAUAUGCCUUUGGCUUCAAUGAAUUCCCUUGCCUUCAGGAUUUCUGCAGUCACCUUGCCAAUCAGCCUCUGCUAGGCAGCGAGACAGGAAACCUGAUAGUGCUACGGUUCCCAUACCCACGGCAGGUGGAAGAACCAUCUAUUUAUGAGACGGUGUGUGUGCAUACGGCCAUGCAGACAGGCCGGCAUGAAAAUGACCUGGUGCCUAAUGCUCCAGCGCUUGGCACAAAAGAGGGUUAUCUGGUUAAACAAGGAGCAAUUAUCAAGAACUGGAAACAGAGAUGGUUCACACUGAAUAGAAAUGAACUUAAAUAUUUCAAGGAUAAAAUGUUUGUAGAGCCGAUACGAACCCUGGAUCUGACGGAGUGCUCCGCUGUCCAGUUUGACUACAGUCAGGAGAGGGUCAACUGCUUCUGUCUGGUGUUCCCUGAGAGGACGUUUUAUUUGUGUGCAAAAUCCGGUGCUGAGGCAGACGAAUGGAUUAAGAUACUACGAUGGAAACUGUCACAGAUAAAGAAAGGACGAUGAUGUUCAACACGGAGAGAAGUAACACUGGAGCAAUGUGAGCUGUGUGCAGUUUUAUGGUAGUAAUUACACAGGAUUCAUUAACUUCAUCUGAUGCAUUUGGCAUCAUGGUUGUACAUUUCAUUGCACAUAAGAUAUAAUCUGGGCAAUGAAUCACACAUGCAAAAUUUUCCAUUUAAGACAAGUGACGUCCCAAGGCACCAUGCUGUCAUGCUUUAAAAAGAGUCUGGAGGCGGAGCAUCACCAAUGUUGGGAUUAUAAUAACAGUAAUUGACAAUAUUGUGUUCUGUGUGGAAUUUCAGAUUUUCUUAUUCUUCUCCAAGCCAAGCUAUACUUGCAGCAUGUGCCUUUACUUUAAACUGUGUGUACGCUCCAAAACAUAUGUACAAUACCCCCUUAUAUAUAUGUCUGUGACUGUGAAGAAGUAAACAUAUAAAAUAUUAUGAAUUUUAAGCAUUGAAAGACCUUUGGAUGUAAUAUACUUUUUUUUCCCCAGAAUCGAGCACUGCAGUGAUUAUAUAUUUUGUAGGCUAACCUAGAAGUUGGCAUCACCCUUGUUCCCUCUACAAAAACCCAAUAGGAUUUUCCAUUGACAUUUGGAUUAUUGCAGAAAACAAGAUCUGUGACCAACAAAAUGAUGAGAAUUUAAGAUUCUUGCACAUUUUGUACAUCAUGAUAAUAAUGUAAAGAUAAAAGUAGGCUAUAAAAUAGCUACUUCAACAUCACUAUUUAAAAAAAAAGAAAAAAUCCCUCAAAGUUUGAGUUAGAAUAGUUUGCAAGUACAUGAUUUUAACCCUCUGGUAUUGUUCAUUUGGGAGUCACACUUGUGUUGUCCGCAGUCAAAAGUGGCCAAAACCUGAAACGUAACUUUUUUAUAAAUCAAUGUAAUAUAUUUUUGUUCAAUAAUAUUUUUUCUUUUUUAUUUUGUACUUUGAGAGAAUGUCAUGGUACCAAUUAAUAUUUAUGCAAUAAUUAUGAUCAAUUUUUUUCCGAUUGAAAAUAAUACAAAUUUAUUAUCUUUUUUUUUUUUUAUUAUUCAAUUAAAGCAUGUUAAAAUAGACACAAUGCCUUUUAAAAUCCAAUUUUUGAAGGCAGAUUAGUGCCAUCUUGUGGGAGUAAAAAAAACAUCUGUAAUGCCAUGGUGUAACCACUAGAUUCCUAUAUAGCUCUCUAUAUAAAAGGCUUAUAAAUUCUCUAGUUGUUUUUACACAUAAAUACACAAAGUUUUUAUUAAGUUGUAGAUUUGGAUAUAUAUUUAGGCAUUCUCAAAUUGUCAAGGUUUAGAUUUUUUAGUGUUAAAUAUUGAUUUGAAGUGUCAGUUUUUGCAUUAAUUUUACAAGUCAAAACUGAACACAGAGGACAUUUUGUUACACAUAACAUCAAAAUUCAACAAAAAUGUAAUAAAAAUAAACAGGAAUGCAUUUUCAGAGUUAUAUCAACCUGAUUUCAACCACUUAUUUCAGUCUUCUGGCUCAAAUUUGCCAUAUUGUUACAGCCACACCAGAUCAUUUGUAUAAUAGUGUGUGUGUGUUUUAGUGGGUCUCUAUGUUUUAAAGUGUAACCUCUUCCUUGCUGUCCAUUUUUUUUUACUGCAUUGUGGCUGAAUUACUGAUUUUAUUUCACACAUUUGCAAAAACCUGCUUUGUGUUACAGUCACACUAGUUCAUGUAUGUGUGUCUGUGGGGGGGUUAGAAUGUGUUUGUUUUGCUUGAUAUUUGUCACCCCUUUGUUACUGUGCACUUUUUUUCUGCAUUGUGGCUGAUUGUAGAUUGUACACACAAAAAAUUAUCUGUAUUUUUGCGUAUUUCACAUUUAUUUCCUAUGGCGGUCAUUUUUGACUAUGAACACAAGUGAAUUUUUUUUUUUUUAUGACCAUUUAGCUUUUUCGAAUCAAGUCACAUAGCGACUUCCAUAAAAGUCACGGAGUUUCUUACCAUAAAAUUUCCAAACAUUUUUUUUUCCGGUCUAAAAUGACCGAACAACACCAGAGGGUUAAAUGCAACGAGGCUAUGAAAGUGCACUAGUGAGUAGUUGAUUUUUCCUGUUCAGUGUGAUGACGUUUAAUGUCAGGCCAGGCCUGACUAAGACCGUUUGUGGUCGAAACAUUGCAAUUUAUUAAACAGAAAUAGCAGUGUGCCAGUUCUUUUGAAUUUCAGCUUAGUUUUCUUUUGAUCGAGCACCUGCUGAAGUGAUGUUUGGAUGUGCUACUUUGAAGUCAUGAUGUUUAAUGUCCUCAUCAAUCUAUAGUCCCAGUGAACCAUUUGUUAGCAACUGUUUUUUUUUUUUUUUCAAGACUAGCAAAAGCUUUAAAAAAAAAAAACACAAGGGGGUUUUACUGAUGUAUUUUAUGUCAUUGUAUAAGACAUUGUCAUUGUAUAAAAAUAUCUUACACUUGUGUUAACCACAGACCUCUGGCUUUAGGUCUACAAAAAUACAUAAUCCCUGCAGCAUGCUAUAGAAAACCAAAAUGAAAGGUAUAAAAUUCGAAUUUCUCUAAAUAGCAAUGCUACUUCUAAUGUGAUGUGUGAACUGACAAUGAACCCGUAACCAGUACCCGUUUUUCUACUGUAAAAAUGUAACAUGUCAAUGAAUAAAAUUUAUUUUUGUAAACCAAA